AUGAGUGGGGCACAGGGUGCACAGGAAUUGCUACACGCCGCAACUGUAGCUUCAGAAAUAUUCGAGCUACGUCCAGACUAUCGGGUCCUCUUGAUGGUUGUGGAGGGUGUUCCUCCAGGACCCAGUGACGAUUAUAGUGAGGCCCUUUUAAGAGAUGCCGAACAAUCCGCGAAAGACCUGCUCUUGAAAUAUCCUGUCACUCAAUUUCCGCAUAUCGCCGCAUGGCGGGAGGCCUACAAAAGUUUCGGUGUUAAGCCGCAGAAGAUCCGCAACAGUUUAGAAGCCCUGACACGUCGUGUAGAGAGCGGUCUACCACGUAUCAAUCGUUUGACAGAUAUCUACAAUGCCGUUUCAGUCAAACACCAGAUCCCACUGGGUGGCGAGGACCUUGACAAAUACAAUGGAUCAGCGUUUCUGACUCGGGCCAGCGGCAAGGAACCGUUUCUGACUUUUUCUGGAGGGGAACCUCAAACAGAACUCGCAGCGCCCGGCGAACCUAUAUGGUGUGACAACACUGGCAUUACUUGCCGUCGAUGGAAUUGGAGACAAGGCCCUCGAACUGCCCUGACUGGAGAUACCACCCGUGUCCUAUUUAUUCUAGAUGCAUUGGAGCCUCUUUCAAAUGAUUCUCUUACCGAAGCUGCCGAUGAACUCGCGUCAGCAUUAAAAGGUCUAUCUCCAGAAGUGCAGACAUCGUACCGAAUCAUAGGCCCUCCAACUUCAACUGAAUGA